AUGGCUGGAGGUGCUGUUGCCGAUGUCGGCUACGCCUCGACCGGCCCUGUGGCCCGCCCCGUCAGCGUGAGGCAGUCGCUUCCUGCUAUCCUGGUCGCUGCUGCCUCCGCUUUCGGUGGUGUCCUCUUCGGUUACGACACUGGUACCAUCUCGGGUCUGAUCGUGAUGAAGAACUUCAAGGCGACCUUCGGUGAUCUUACGCCUGGCACCAUCAACGACUACGAACUGAGCACUAACGACCAGUCGCUCGUCGUUUCCAUUCUCUCGGCUGGUACAUUCGUCGGUGCUCUUGCCGGUGCUCCCCUCUCAGACAUCCUCGGUCGUCGAUGGGGUAUGCAGGUCGCUCUCCUCGUCUUCAGCAUCGGUGUCAUCAUGCAGAUGGCCACCACCGACCUGGGUGUCUUCAUUGGUGGUCGUGUCGUUGCUGGUCUCGGCGUCGGAAUCCUCUCUACUAUUGUUCCCAUGUUCCAGUCCGAGACUGCUCCCCGCUGGAUCCGUGGUGCCGUCGUUUCCGGUUACCAGUGGGCCAUCACCAUCGGUCUCCUUUGCGCCUCGCUCGCCACCUACGGAACCAAAGACCGCGCCAACACUAGUGCGUGGCGUAUCCCGGUCGGUAUCCAGCUUGCCUUUGCUCUCCUCCUCUGCGGCUUCUUCAUCAUUCUCCCCGAGUCGCCCCGUUGGCUUAUCAAGAAGGGCAACCACGAGCGCGCCGCCAAAUCGCUCGCCCGCCUCAACUCGACUGACGUCGACGAUCCCAUCGUUCGCUCCGAGCUCUCGGUCAUCCAGACCAACCUCGAUCUUGAGCUCACCCACUCGACCGGCUCGUACCUCGACUGCUUCAAGAGCAACGACCGCAAAUAUUUCCUCCGCUCCUUCACCGGUAUCUUCAUCCAGGCCUUCCAGCAACUCACUGGUAUCAACUUUAUCUUCUACUAUGGUACCAAGUUCUUCGAGUCCGCUCUUCCCGGUACCGACCCCUUCAUUUUCUCGGUCAUCUCCAACGUCGUCAACGUCGUCUCCACCGUUCCAGGCAUGUACAUGAUGGAGCGUCUCGGCCGUCGUAAGCUGCUCAUCUGGGGUGCUGUUUGGAUGUGCCUUUGCGAGCUCAUUGUCGCUGUUGUCGGUACCGCCGUCCCCGUGAAAAACCACGCCGGUGGCAAGACCGCUGUCGCCUUUGUCUGCGUUUACAUUGCCGGCUUCGCCUCGACCUGGGGACCUGCCGCUUGGGUCGUCUGUGGUGAGAUCUUCCCUCUGGCCAUCCGUGCCAAGGCUCUCUCCCUCUGCACUGCCUCCAACUGGCUCUGGAACUUUGGUAUCGGAUACGCUACCCCUUACCUCGUCGACCCAGGUGCGGGCAGGGCUGGUCUUGGCCCCAAGGUGUUCUUCAUCUGGACCGGUACUUGCGCCGGCUGUGCCAUCUUUGCCUACUUCUUCAUCUACGAGACGCGUCUGCUGUCGCUCGAGGAGGUCGACGAGAUGUACGCGCAGACCUCGCCGAUUGCCUCGACCCGUGCCAACGCCGAGAUCCGCGCCCGCCGCUCGGACCUCGAGGGCGCCGUCGCUCCCGUCAAGGACGACGAGCUUGCUACUCACGAUGAGAAGAAGCUCUAA